AUGAGAUCUUUACCUUUGAAUCCGACUUCUUACCGAUUCCACCAUCCGAAUCCUUUUCGAUCUCUUGAAUCGAUUCCUCUCCUUUUUGUCGAUUCUGGAUCUCGCUCUUCUUUCAAGUUUGGUGCAGCGAGCUUGAAGAGACAUGGAAGUUUCAUGAGACAUAGCUCUGUUUUGGUUAAGGCUUUUGAUGAUGAUUCAUUUGAUUUUUAUUCCGGUGACAUAUUUGCUGCUACAUAUGCGAUUUCGUCGAGUGAAGGCGAAGAGAGCGAUGGGGAAUACGGGUUGAAUGUGGUUACUGAAACAACUUCUCAAAGGCUAGGCACGUUUCCAAGAGGUCGGAAAAAGCACAGAAUCAGAUAUGGGAUUAAUUUGGGGCUUCUUGCCUUUUUGACGUUGCUGCUUUUAUUUACGGAUUCUUUUGCUUGGAAGAUUGUUAGACUGCCUCUACCUCCAUAUUUAUUAAGCCGGCCUUUCUUUACAUCGGCAGCUUUAGUCACCUUAGCCGGUUAUAUUCUUGUUCCGCUUCUCAACAGAUUGAAAGUGCACGAGCCAAUUAGAAGACUAGCGCCAGUUACACACAACCGUAGACAAACAAUCCCGACAAUGGGCGGAUUGUUCUUUGUUCCAAUUGGUGUUGUUGUUGCAAUAGCCUUGACUAACUUUUCGUCCAUCGAAGUCUCUGGAGCAGCAGCUGUAACUGUAGCAUUUGCAGCUAUUGGGCUAGUUGAUGAUUUCAUAAGCCUCUUCAAUGUUAAUAAUAAUGGUUUACCUGCAAAGAUACCACUCAUUUUAGAGGCAGCAAUCGGCACUUGCUUUGCAUUUUGGUUGGAGAGAGCAAGCAUAUCAUCUCCUUAUGGCAUGAAAAUGUUGGUUCCCUUGCCUUCACCAUUAGGUCUCGUUUGCUUGGGAAAACUUUACCUAUUGUUGACAUCGUUUUGCUUCGUUUCAAUGGGAAACUUAGUCAAAGCAACCGAUGGUCUUGAUGGAUUGGCUGGUGGUAUUGCCGCCUUGGCUUUCGUUGCAAUGGCAAUAGCAGUUCUUCCAAUUUGCUCUGAUCUUUCUGUAUUUGGAGCUUCCAUGGCUGGAGCUUGUUUCGGGUUUCUACUUCACAAUCGGUACAGAGCAUCUGUGUCCAUGGGAGAUACUGGAUCAUUGGCUCUUGGUGGAGCUUUAGCUGCAAUGGCUGCUUGCUCAGGAAUGUUCUUCCCAUUGUUCAUAUCAUGUGGUGUUUCUAUCUUGGAAGCUUCUUCUGUCAUAAUUCAGGUCGCGUAUUACUCUGCGACUAAGCGUUUAAAAGGAAAAGGGCUUCGCGUUUUCAAAACUGUACCGUUUCAUCAUCACCUUAGGCUUAGUGGUUUCAAGGAACCAAUGAUAGUAACAAUGGCAUAUGUUAUAUCUUCUCUGCUCUCUUUCUUAGCAGCUUAUGUAGGUCUUAUAUCUGCAUAA